UUUCAGGUCGACUUAACACCAGCAUCACGUGACUUCAAUGGGAGGGAACAGUCGCAUCUCAUUAAGCUUGACGUGCGGGAACCCCGCUUAAGGCGCCUUCAACAUGGGCGUGUUCUUGCCAAUCACCCUGUCAAUGAAGAGUUUGAAGAGCAGCUGUCAAAGCCCUUUUACUUCCAGCAGGAAGAUCAUGGUACUAUUACUGACGUUCUUUUCCCAAAGAGGUCUGAGUCUCCCGAAAUUGCUGCCUUCAAAAAAGGUAAGGCGUAGAAAGACAAAAUGUAUUACCAGAUCAUUCAGCUGUUUGGACCUCCAGAUAUAAUUUUCGAUGGACCGAGCAUGCUCGUACUCAAAUUUUACAAGAUGUUAGAGCCGUUUAACUGAGGAGCUGAGAAACUACAGAAUAUUUCACGUUUAAGGCCUUCGUUAUAUAUUGGUAUUGGGCCUUUUCGAAAUAAAUCACAUUUGUAAAUGUAUGGUUGUGGCUCAAUGACAAACUGCCUAAUCUCUCUCUUUGUCAUAAGAUGGAACUAAAGUGAAACAAAAGCAAAACACCUUUCACUCAAAGUGUUCAGGUUGUUUGAAACACGCUUUUUUUUGUUUAUGUUUUUUUUUUUUGUUUUGAUGCUGGUCAACUGGAAUGGUAGAUUUUUUAAUUUAUUCUAUUUUAUGUUAUGCACGGGAAGAUGAGUGUUUCUUUUAGUUAGCUCAGACUUAUGCAAAUGAACUCAAUCCAAUGUGACUAACCAGUAUGGUUAUUUUGUUGAGCAACCUACAAUUUUGCACCCUCUGCUCGUUGUUUGACAACAGGUAUUGCAGGCGCAUUUCAGCUAAACCUUAGGGACGCGCACAGAUCCAACAUCUAUGAAGUACAAGAACAUGAUGACUCUGGUUUCUUUCGAACAAAGUACAGUGUGAUGUCAGCCAACGAUACGCACGCUCAUCUGCAUCGCACCUGGACGAACCAAGACUACCAAACGUUUGCAGACGGCACCCCAGCCAAGGCAGAACACAAGGUGCAGUCUCAGCACAAUGCGUAUAUUCAUGUGAAAGACGGAAAGGUAGAGAGAGUUCACCGUACUAAUAAAGCAUUUUUUAGACCUGCCAAUGGUCAUCCAAGGGCCGACAACUUCGAAGGAUUUAAAGGCCAAGAGCAAGACAUUGAAAUGUCAACAAAGGGAUACAGCAAACUGACGUUAAGAUCUUGUCUAGGACCUGAACACCAUCGUUCCAAGCGAUCAGCAACAGAGGAACAGCAUUUAAAGAUAGCUCGUACUCUUAUCAGAGACAAUCUUUUGUUUACUGACACUGAGAAGAUAAACUGGUCCAAGAUCGGUGGAGAGAAGAAAAAGCCGAAGCCUUUCUAUGAAGUGCUGCGCUGUUUCACCGACAAAAGCAUGAAGGAGCGUCAAAUCGCUGAUUGCUCUAAUGAGAUGCAUCGUAUGGUUCGCGAAGAUGAAGACGCUUUUCGAACAAUCAAUCGACUUGUUCGGGACCGAAGUCACCAAAACAUCACGUCUUGGGCAGUAUAUGUAGCAGCACUUGCCGGUCACGGAAAGUACCAGGCCCAAAACACUUUAGCGCAAGCAGUUAGCGCAGAUUACCCUCGACCUCUUAGCAAAGAAGAGUAUGAGACACUUCUGAUCGGAAUUUUUUACUUACCAGAAGGUCCACUUCACUCACAACUCUUUGAUGCCUUGUUAAACCUUGUGUCACGAGAAGAGAAAGGAGAUGAAGUCACAUCUACAGCGAUGCUUGUCUUAGCAGGACUAGCUGAAAGAGCAAAGAGAUCGGGGUACAAUGACACCUUAUGCGAAAGCGUCGCUGAGAUGAUCCACAACAGGUACCAAAACAGAUCAACAUUGUAUGAUCCCGACAGCUCGGACCACGAAAUACAGCUAAGAGACCACAUCUGGGCCUUUGGAAAUCUCGGACAUCAUUCCGGACUUCCAGUUAUCCUUCAACACAUUGACCACGAUAACUCUGGUAUACGAUCGGCAGUGAUCUCAGCAUUACGCAAGCUUCCUCCAGAGCACACGAAUCAACACUUAAUGAAUGCACUAUACGCAGAUGAACAUCCCGAUGUUAAAACUGCCGUUAUUAAUAUCUUUGUUGAGCGUCAUCAACAUUUAAGCGACUCAGUGGUAAAAGGCCUAGAGCAUGCGCUGUGGCACGCCCCAGAAAGCGAAACUCUUGAUUCUAUGAUUAUUCAGCUUAUUGAAAAUCACGGUGACCACCCCAAGGCACUUUAUUUAAGGAAAAGACGACGAGCAAUUCAUCGCCAAAAACGUGCUCUCUUUCCAUUCCUCCGUCCAAGAGAGUUCGCUCUUGGCCGGUCAAAGCGAUGGUUGAAGACCUAUGGUGGUAAGUGGCUUGGAGCCGAAUCAAUCAUACAGUUCAUUAAUCAGGUAAAACUAAGAAUUGGCAUUUUUGGGGGAAAUUUUGAGAUUAAUCUUGACAACUAUGCGCAUAUUCAUGCCUACAUUCUCAAGUUUGGAUUUGAAGUCGUCCGAGGUAAAGCUGCUUUUAAGGCAUCCGCCAGUUUUAAGAAUGAUUUCCCGAAAGAUCUCAUCCACGCCGUUGCAGAUGCUGGAGACGAUCUCCUUAAGCAGUUUGAUAGUAUUACGAGCGUGAUUGCUGAACAGAUAAAUCAGUUUAUCAGCAAACUUGCUGGUUAUUUACCAUUGCACAUCGACAAAUUUACAGAGUUCGUCAACAAGCUCGUUCAGUUUGUGCAGAAUCUGGUGCAGCCUUUACGACCGAUUAAUGUGAUUGGAAAAAUCAUAAAAUUUACCAAAGAUGUUCUAAGCCGCCUCAAGGACUGGAAGUGGCUGACAGACAUGAUAAAGAAAAUACAGCAAAGUCUCGGAAGGCUGACUGCCAUAGACGACGUUUUUCAAAACGUUAUUGCAGCUCUGGACAACAUCCUCGGCAUUGUGGGUAAAAUAACAAACUAUUUGCCCCAUAAUCUGCCGGGAAAUUUCAAUAUCAAGACACUCCUGAACAUUCUUCGCUCGGUCUCUGUCGACCUGCAUUUUAACAAAAUCAAAGAAUAUUUCAAUUCCCUAGGGAUGUCUGUUCCUAACGGUUUCCGUUUCCAGCUUCCGUUCAAGUUCUCCAUCCGCCUUUCGUUUUCUCUGGAAACAUUUCAGAAAAUUUCCUUAAAUCUUCUACGGUUUGCCAAUCGUUUCCUAGAUAUGUCUUCUUUGCUUGAUUUUCUCCAAAGCAUCAGAUUCCCCAGGUUACAGUUACCAGACAUGAACCAACGAUUCCCUUCUUUUCAAGGGAGCGGUUUUAACUUUGGUCUACGUUUUGAUUGGCGAAUCAGCCUAAAGUUCAAGCUCAAUCUGAAAUCACUGGGCUUCCAGAAUUUUAUUACUGUUUUAGAGAAACUUGGAGACUUUUUAGCACAGUUCAAACUCCCGGGCUUCGAUCUCGAAAAGUUUUUUGAAGAAAUAUUACCCGGCAAGAACUUAGAUCUUGGACUACUUUUCAAUGAGCUUUUGGGCGGAAACUCUAACUCGAAUUUUACUAAUCCGGGUGACGUUCUGCAAGAAUUCCUUGAGAAUCUUCUUGAAGUCCUUGACGUUCAAUAUGCGAAUGUCUCAGCAAUAGGUGAUAUCACAGAUUUCUUUCAGGAGCUCGGGCCGGCAAUGGAGCAGUUCGCGGAAAAAAACGUACAGCGUAUCUGUGGAUUGUAUAAACUGGCUUUGAAUUCAUCCCAGGAAUUUAAGGAGUUUGGAGAAAAUGUUGAGCAGGAAGGAAUUCAAGUGCUUCACCUUGUAGAGAAUACUACCCAAAGUGCACUAACGGAACUCCUUAACUUUACUGUCCUUGUAGAUUCUCUAAUAGACGAAAUUCAACGUAACUUUACCACGGCUGCAAAAGGAUUCGUCUCAGACUCGCUGCAAGAGCUCACAGGCAAACUGAAAGAUAUUCAGAAUCUUGCAAAUGAUAUAGUGGACUUUGCCAACGGGACAGCCUCAAAAGUCAAUGGUGCAUGCACCAAAGCUGCAAAUUUCUCCGCUGACGUAAUAGAUAAAGUUCAAGAAAACGCCCGUGAAGCACUUAUGGAGCUAGGAUCGUUCAUUGGACCUGUUGCCAUAAACACAAAAAAGGUUGGAGGACAGUUGAAAUCCGCUGUGUCUAAUGUCGAGACGUGGUAUGAAGAGAACAUGGCAGCUCGUGUCGGGAAGAUUUCUCGAGUUGCCCAGAUAAUAUCAGAUUUUCUUUCAGUUCUUAACACAAAGAAAGGGUUUCUGAAAUCCGUUCGUGAAAUAGCUGCUCGAAUCAACGAGGCCCUUGCGCGUCUUCGGAAUCUUCCAGCGUAUGCGAAUAAAGCAAGGAAAACAGUUGAUGAUAUACUUAACUUUGCAGACAAAGCUCAAGACUACGAAAAAGAGAUCCAGAAGCUUGAUAUUAGAAAGCAAUUUGGACUUGACUUUGAUCAGCGAAUAAGAGAUGUCUGCAACGAGUUUAAGACCAUUGCUGUUGAGACGCUCGACAUGUUUGGAAACUAUGACAUUGUCGAAGAAGUUGAUACGUUUUUCAACAAAGAGGCCGAUAAGCUCAUAAGAAAAGCCGUGUCGAAGUUUCUUAGAAUUAAAAAACCCAUCGACGAGAUGCAAGACGAAUUACGAAAUAUCAAGGCCAUGGUGCGUGAAAUGAUGGGUGUCUUAAUAGAGCUGAAGCCUUUCACCAACAAUCUUUCGCCUAUUUUAGAGACGGCAGGUCAACUACCUGACUGCAAGCAGAUCAAGAAUAUACUCAUAGAGAGCACUAAACCAUGCGUCCGCAAAGCUUUUGGGGUUGGGAGAUACGUCAUCGAUCAGUACAAGGACUUCAAUAAGGAAGUGAGAGUUCUAUACGACAUGGUUCCGGCUACAUGGAAGAACUUUAAAAUACAGAAGUGUAUCAAGGGUGGAACUUGCAUUUCCAAAGCUUUUAUCGAUCAAGCUAAAACCAUUAAAGAUAAGGUUGAUGUCCUUAAAGAUAAUUUUAAAGAAGCGAGUGGAUACACUGACCUGCUUCAAACUUGCGAACAAGGGGUUGAUAACAUCACAGCUGUUAUCGACACGGUGAAAAUGUUAGUGGAACAAGUCCAGAAUUUCUCCCUUAAAGAUGAUGUUCAAAGAGUAAAGGCGGUUUUCCAAAAGAUCACUGGCCGACAGGCCGAGAAUAAUGAGGGGAGUGGCAUUCAAAAGCGCUCCAUAAAAGAAGUAAAAGAAAGAAUCGAAAGAAUCGUGGACUAUGUACAGAAGGCAAGGGAAACUCAGAAGAAAAUACAAGACUUGCUCGAAAACACUUUCAAAGCAAUGAGAAAUGUCUACGAUGAUGCUGUUCUAGAACAUAUCAAAGCGGUUGAAGAUGUGCGUUCCAAACUUAAACUAUCAUACGAACUUUGGAAAAAGACAAAGAAUAUCAACCACGUCCUGCAAGCAUUAGAUACUGUUACCCAAGGUGCUUCAAAAUAUGCUGAGAGCUUAAAAGGUGUGACGAAUUCAUUCUCGAGCCCAAUUAUUGACCUCUUAUCUGAAACAGGAGAACUCAGUGAUGUCGUGAAGCCCUAUCUUAACAAAUACGCCACCAAAUUCACUGACACUAUUACAAAAGUCAACAACUUUCUGGACAAGGUUACAGACUUUCUUAACAAGCUACAGCUGCGACAGAGAGGACUAGACCCCAGGGCUUACAAACCCUGGGAACAAAUACCCUAUUGUUCGGAAGAAGUUUGUGUACGAUCAAUCAAACGAUCGUCAUCACUUUACCUAAAAACCAUUUUCACUUGGAAGUUCCCACAUCUAGAUGACCUUUCCUCUAUGGACAAGAGUGGGCGUUGGCUGACCCCAGGUUUGUUUGAUGACUAUAAAGUAGAGGGAAUCUCAAGGCUCUCCAAAAGCGAGGUUAUUUUGGGUAUGCAUGGAGUCUCUAGCAACAAAGGGAAAGCAUCACUUUUAGUAGUAACCAACUUUGGUAAUGGAGUCAAAAAGAUAAUUCAACUUGGUAGUCAAGGAAGCCCUCUAGUUGUAAAAAUAGGAGGAGUGGCUGUUGCUCGAGAUUACAUCUGGAUCAGUGACAGCGCGUCAAACAAAAUUUAUUCCGUAAAGAAAUCUAGUGUGACAAGUUCAUUCUCGUCGCCAAAGCCAUCUUGGGUUGGUUUGUCCAAAUCUGCGUCAGUUGAAGGUACUGCAACUUCUCUUUCUUACGAUGAGCCAUCCAAUGUCCUUUGGGUAACAGACGGCAAAGGUGGAAAGGCCUACGGCUAUAAGCUAUCUGCUAACGGGGAUCUGUCUCCUUCUGGCCUAACACCCGAAAGAGUAAUCAUCAUCGGAGCAAACGCACAAGGCAUGGCUAUCGUCAGACAGUUCAGUACCGAGUAUGUUUGCAUCUCGAAAUGUGCCAUGAUUUCUGGUUUCCAAUGUAAGCUGGAGUUCCAUGACAUUAGUGGUGGUGAUGAAACCGGAGAAAACACGCUCUCUAGAGUCGUCAGAACCCCCUCGGGCUUAGAGUCCGUCUCCAGAGUUGACAGUGAAGUAAUCGCAGUGGCGUUCUCAAGUGGUACUUAUGCCGAGAAAGAUAAUGUAGAGCUUAUAGGUGGUGACUUUGAAGAAAGAUAUUUCUAUCUAAGACUUCCGAUUUUGAAAAUGACUUUUGGAAUCCAAGAAAACUGCUUGUUCUUUACGGUUAUGAAUGACUACAUUCUGCGACCGCGGCGGUUGUUUCCAUUCGGAGACAUGAUUUGCGGAACUACGCGAAAGCGAAGCACCUCGCAAGAGCUAUUGGAGUCUGAUGUUUACUCUGAGCAACUGGAAAAAGAUCAUAAGAGCAAUAGGAGAAUGCGCAGGCAAACCUCAGAUCUUGGAUCAUGUAUGACUUUGUUCCGUGGAAAUGUUCUUAGGGGAUAUCAGAAAUUCUUCCCUGAAUAUUCACAAACCAUCAUUGUGUUUGGCAUACCAGUAAGACUGUUCGCUGGGGCUGGUGGCUAUUAUAGUGUAGACUAUCAAGGGCAAGUUUGCAUGAGAGACAAAGUUUUCAGACUUGGUCUCAUUCCUGGAGCUUGGAUCUCUGUAUACGCUGGUGCUUCUUUAUCAAUUUUUAUCGUAGAAGCUGGAAUUACGAUUGAGGCAAGACUUCUAGAAUCCUACUUCGUACCAGAACUAAGAAUCAAGAUCGAUAAGUGGCCGCUUAAAGCUUGCAUAGAACUUAAGUUACGAAUGACUCCACUUCGCAUCAGAGUUUGGUUGUGGUAUAGAUUCCGUCUUUGCAUUAGGAUCAGAUGCAAGUUGUUUGGAUGUAGUAUAAAGAUUAGAUGGUGUUCGAAGAAGACCCUCGCGGAGUGGUGGUGGUCAGCGAGAACGAUCGACCGGACGCUCUUUACAAAUUGCCAUCAAGAUGUUGAUACGACGCCUCCUGUUGCUGGCGAAUGUACUGCAAGGCAAGCUGCUGACAAAAAAUAUUUCGUACAGUGGCAUGGAUUCUACGAAGAUACUAAAAUCAACAACUACCACAUCAGGAUAGGAUCCAUUCAGGGUUCUGGCGAUGACUACUCUGCAUGGGUGGGAACAUCUUUAAGCGUAGUUGUCAACGAUCUUCCAAUAAUGCACGGACGAGAUGUGUAUGUCAGCGUAUUGGCAACAAAUGACAUGGGGCGUGACAGUAAGUUAGUUAACUGCCCUAAAUUUACGGCGAGACGUAAGAGUCCUCAGAUUCGGUAUGUCUACGAUGGUGUCAAUGAACAUCAAGAUGUGGAUUAUCAGUCAGAUACAUACGCUUUAGGUAUGAAUUUUGCCUUCAAGAGCAAUAUAGAGGAUAUCGCAUACACAAAAUGGGGAGUAUCGUCCUCUCCCAGCUGCACGUUUAACGAAGCUGAAGCAGAUAUCGUUCCCUUGACCACUCUCGGUGACUCAACUACUAUCCAGACUUCUGGCCUGAAUUUGAUUCACGGCAAAAAAUAUUUCACACGCCUUUAUGCGAUGGAUUUGUUUGGAUUAAAAGCAGUCAUGUGCAGCAAUGGUAUUUUGAUUGACACGACACCUCCUUUUGCCGGGUAUUUCCAGGAUGGUGCUGGUGAAGCUGAUGCAAUGUUUCUUCCAUCGCUAAGGCGUGUUCGGGGAAAAUUCGAUCAUUUCAAAGAUCCUGAGAGCCCUCUGGUGAGAUAUGAAUGGAAAAUUUCAAGAAACAACACCGAUGAAGAUGUUACGUCAUUUGUAGAUAUUGCACUCACUCAACAGACACCCUUCAUGGAUGGCCUUUCUCUUGAAGCUGGUUUAACUUACAAACUAGUACUCCGUGGAACAAACGCGGCAGGACUUCAAACAGUUAUUGAGACAAAUGGAUUUGUGCCAGAUAAUACACCGCCGUAUUGCGAAGAGACUGCUAUUGACGUAACGAACGAUGAAGAUUUACUUGACGUCGACUUUGUUAGAAAAUUGAGCAGUAUUCAAGCAAAAUGGAAAUGUGUAGAUCAGGAAAGUGGCCUUCGCGCACAACUGGUGGGAGUUGGUACUUAUCCAGGAGGAGAUGACGUGAGAGCAUUUGAAAAUGUCAACUUCGUUACCCACAAAAUCAUCCAGGGUGGUAUGCUAUUUGCGAGUUUCUCUGAUGUCAAUAUUCUUCCGCGAGUCAGAUAUCACGUCACCAUAAAGAUCAUAAAUGGAGCUAACCUCAAGAAAACUAUUUGGUCCGAUGGAAUUAUCAUUGACGAUACGCCGCCCACAGUGGCUUCACAUUACAUUAAAGAUGGCGUAGAGGGAAAGGAUAAGAACUACACCAGAGAAAGAUACACCUUUAGUGCGCACUGGGAACAAGCAUUUGCAGAUUCAGAAAGUAGCCUGGUUGAGUACCGCGUUGCUUUAGGGACGAACCCUGGAUUCAAUGACAUUCAGAGUUUUAAGACAGUUGGCUACCAAACCAGAGUGACCAUUGCAGGUCUUUUCCUGAGCAGUGGUCAGCGUUAUUUUGUUACAGUUGUUGGCUGCAACGGGGUUGGUAUGUGUAUUAAUGGCAGUAGUAACGGAGCCAUUGUGGACUUUAUUCCUCCACACACUGGAAAAGUCAUCACCGGACUAACAGGUCCUCCUCAGUUGUUUCAAUGGAUUAGUAAAUCAGUAUGGGCAAGAUGGAAUUGGUGUUUAGCGGAUGAGAAGAGAGUAUUUGGACCAGUCGACUCUAGUCAGUGCAGCAACGACAGCUUCUACGAUGUACAUAGUGGCGUUGCAGGUUUCGGUAUUUCAGUGGCCUCUUUGAAGAAUGACGACCUAUUAGCAGCGCCUAAGACGGCUGGACGGGUUAGGGUUACUGGGCGCAACAUUGACCUCGAAGAUGGAAUGUACUCAGUGGUUAUUGAAGCAAAAGAUAAAGCAGGUCUUGCUGCUCGCGGUUUAUCAAAUACAUUCAUCGUUGAUACUAGUCCCCCUCUAAUAACGUACAUCCAGCAUGGACAUUUUGGCGAAACAUUGGCAGCUAUUAACACACCGCGUAUUACUUUCAGAGCGUAUUUUGAAAUUGAGGACGAUUUAUCGAGAGUUGCGACGUACAAGGUGGGAGUUGGAAGCUAUUCUGGAGCUGAUGACGUCAUGAGAUUCCAGUUGAUUCCAUUAAGUAAACCAGAGUCUUCACUGAGAGCCAACUGGACAGCGCCAAACUUGUUGUCCUUGGAAAGCAACCGACGUUAUUUUAUUACCAUUUGGGCCAUCAACAACGCUGGGUUGUUUAGCAUCAAAUCAUCGCCCCCUCUACUCUCUGACCUAGAACCCCCAAAAGGGGGAAUCGUCCUAGACGGAUGGGGCUCAGCUGAUGCCCAGUAUCAAAGCUACUCCACCCUUUUCCGUGCCCAUUGGUAUGGCUUUAUUGACUUCUCUGGUAUUGAAACAGUACUAUUAGGUUUAUCGAGCAAGGCAGACUCAAUAAGCUGCGAUGUGAAGAAGGAACAGAUUGUUCCAUCCAAUUCAAACUAUCAUGUCUUAUUUGGGCUGAACUUGACUUCUGGUCAAAGAUACCACGCAUGCCUCAAAAUGACAGACAGGGCCGGGAAUCAAGCGUUUUUUCAUUCUAACGGAGUGAUUGUGGAUAGCACUCCUCCCCUUCUAGGCUCUGUGACCGAUGGAAGACCUGGAAUGGAAAUUGACGUACAAAUCGAGAGUUCAGUUCUUCGAGCCUCUUGGUUUAACUUUACCGAACAAGAAACAGAAAUAUUAACUUAUCAGCUGGCAUUCGGCACGUCUCCUGGAGCCCAGGAUGUGCAACAAUUUACAGAUGUAGGGCUCGUAAAUACAGCUGCAAGCUCUAGAUUACAAAUUUCAGAGUUGACAAGUGGCAGUCGUUAUUAUGCGACAGUGGUUGCAUUUAACCUGCUUGGUAUGCCUAGUGCAAUGGUUUCCUCCAAAGGUGUUUUGGUGGAUUUCACACCUCCCGUUUUCUCAAAGCAUGUUCUCGAUGGUGACGAUCCAAAUCAAGACCUAAGUUUUACUUCAGGAAGUUCCUUGGCUGCCACAUGGACCUGCAAUGAUCCAGAAACAUCUUUAGCGUCCAUAGAGGUUGCCUUUGGUUUACAGCCUGGAGAAGCCGAUGUUAUGAACUUCACAAGCUUGCCGAUUCACAAAACAUCGUUUACACUAGCGGGCGAUCUUCAACUGGGAUAUCGUUACUUUGCAACGAUAAAAUGCACCAACAAUGUGGGCCUUAAGGCAGUUGCUGUUUCGAACGGCGUUGUCUUUGAUGACACUCCUCCAGAUUUAAUUUAUGUGCAAGAUGGGAAAUACCAAUACUCUACAAGAAACUUGACGGUAGAAUUCAAAUUUGCUGACUCGGAGAGUGGUGUAAAAGAAUAUGCAGUGAAGGUAUUCAGCUCAGUCGAAGACGCUUACGGAUCCUUCAGUUUCAACGGCAGUGUCUCCACAGCGGCUUUGAUAUUGGCCAAAGAUCUUGAUGGAGGGAGAAGGUAUUUUGUCAAUGUGACAGCAGUGAACGGUGUUGGGUUGGAAACUACCGUGAAAUCAGAUGGAUUUACCGUGGAUACUUCACCUCCGGUAUGCUUGCACGUAUGGGAUGGUCAGGGAGAUCUUCAGCAGGACUUAAAAUACGCUCCAAGCUCAAGCAAACUGAGCAUUUCGUGGUUGUGCUAUGAUAAUGAAUCCCCGAUACUUCGCUAUCGUUUCUCAGUUAAAAACUUACGCACGAGCGAAUACGCUAUUCCUUUUUAUACUUUAAAGACACCUGUAAACUCCACAGGGUCUGCAAUAAUAACAGGAGGAGGUCGAAUUUCAACAGACUAUAAAGAAGGAGAAACCUACGUCGUUGGUAUUGAGGUUCUGAACGCUCUCGGCCUGUCCUCAGUAAAUUGGACGGAUGGUGUUAUCAUUGAUAGCUCCCCUCCUGAAGUGAACGACUUAAAAUUAACAUAUGAUCCAAAUAAUGAUUCUGUGAGCGCUUCAUGGACUGCGAAGGAUGACCAAAGUGGACUCGAGUCUGUCGCAUGGGGAUUGGGUACUAAUCCAGAGAGUAACGACAUCAGAAACUUUACAAAAGUGUCAAUUUCUAUGUCAAGCGUUUUGAUUUCAGAGAUUCCUUUGCUACUUGGUCGGACGUAUUUCUUGAGGCUCCUUGCUGUAAAUAACGCCGGCUUAUCUAGUACGACAGCAUCAAAUGGUAUCAUAAUCGACCAAACUGCGCCGGACCCUGGCUUUGUGGUUGCUCAGUAUGUUUUCCCAACCAAUUAUGAUCGGAACAAGAAUGAAGUACCAGGAUCAUUGAUGGUGGUAACUUGGACAGGCUUUGCAGAUCCUGAAAGUGGUAUUAGACAGACUAGUUGGGCUGUUGGUGAAGAUCUUCUUUCGCUUAAAUCAAGUGCCGGCGAUUUUUACACCGAUGUUAUCGCAGACGACUCAGUGGGUGGAGUGGUGAUCAAUAAUCAAACCCUCGUCGGAAAUAAGACUUACUUCGUCUGCAUUCGAGUUAGAAAUGGCGCUGGACUUCAAAGAACUGAUUGCUCGUCUGGAUUGUUUGUCAUACUUGGAAAGUUUUCUGCUGGGGUAGUGAGCGAUGGCCCAGUAAUUUCAGCGAAGGAUAUUGACUUCCAACUAGACGACAAAGCAAUUUGGGCGCACUGGAGUGGCUUCAAGGAUCCAGUAUUUGGUAUCUUCAGGUAUGAUUGGUGCAUUAGGGAUCAACCACCUAACCCUUCUGGAUCUGAUCUUUGUAAGGGGCCAUUCUUGGAGUCACAUCAUCUGAAAACGUCCACUAACCGCUUCCACAACCUGACACUUGAACACGGCAAGAAAUACUAUGUCACAGUGAGAGCUGAGAACUACAGAGGAGAGCAUGUCAGUGCUUCAUCGGAUGGUGUUGUUGUCGAUCGAACGCCCCCAAUAGGAAAGUCACUUCAAAUAUCCCCCACAACUGGAAAAGGAAGUUUGUACGUGAACGCCCCUUCUGCCCCUGUAGUCACGUGGUCCAUAGACGAUCCUGAAAGCGGUAUAAGCCAUUUUCUUGUGAGUGUAGGUAGUUUCCAAUUCCAAGACAACUUGCUAGGAUUUCAACGUGUAGACAGCCUUAGUCGUUCCAUCGACUUGGACCAACUUAAUUUUACUCUCCACCAAGGACUAGUCUUUCACGUAACAGUUAUUGGAGUCAACAUGCUUGGCCUGAAAACCACUCUGACAUCACAGCAAGUUGUAGUGGACUGGACGCCACCACAAUCUGGUCUUGUAACUGAUGGAAAUCUUACCUCCAUGGGUAGUCAAGAAUUCUUCGAUAUAGAUUAUCAGUACGAGAAUGGGGUACUGUCUGCCCACUGGAAGGGAUUUCAAGAUACUGAGAGCGGUGUCGUCGAAUACAGCUGGUGUGUUGGAACAACGCAAGGUAAGUUGUUAACUUUUUUAUACUCGUAAAACGUUUCUUUUUUUUUCUGAGAGCAUCUUAUUAACAAAAAUAGAAGGUUUUCGGUGUUGAUUCGUUAAUGAAUAUGGAAAUUAUAGAAUCUAAGUUUUUUGUAUGGCUCGGCAAUUUUAUGAAAACCACGUCACACGGUGAAGUCAUGACGUUUCUAAGCCAUCUUACAGCGCGUGCACCUACACCCUAUGUAGUUUUUACCUCGAUUCCUUCAAUAAUUCUGAGAUUUUUUUGUUGAGGUAGAUGUAUUUAAACUCGCAGCAUUCUUAGUCAGUUUUUUCUUCUGUUCAGGGAAGAUCUAGAAGCUUUGUUCUAAUCGAUUUUUCCUAACAAAUUCAUACAAUUAACUCGAAAAGUUAGAAAUGAGAUUGCAUUUCAUACAUGAACCCUUAGGGUAGUUUUUUAUUUCUCCCAGGCGCCUGCAACGUACACAACAUGACGUCUGCAAAUCUCCAAACAAGAGCGCAUCAUUACGUUGUCCUUAAAGAAGGUCAGCGGCACUUCUUUACUGUAGAAGCUCUAAAUGGUGCUGGAUUAAAAGAAACAGCUUACUCUGAUGGCGUUAUGCUGGACAGUACUCCACCAAGCGUUGGGGAAGUUUUACUGGCUAGUGAAACUAAAAAACAAGCAGAUUCGCUGCCUCCCUCACCAUCAGGUGUCCGUCGGUUUGCAAGAUCUGUAUGGGACACACCAGCUGAUGCAGAUCAAAUUGACGCUUUUGGUGUUUCGUCCUUACGUACCUCCUCAUCUGUCCAGUGGUGCAACGAUUCUAAUAAUUCUUCAUGCAACAUCAAGCAACAAAGUGAUCGUUUGUUAUCGUUUUCCUGGGAAGUACCUUUCGAUACAGAAAGUGGAAUUUCUUCUGUAGAGUGGUGCGCUGGCUCAAGACCGGAAUUAUGUGAUAUUGUCCCAUGGAUAGAUGUAGAAAGAAGUAGAACGUGGAUAAAGCAUUCUCUUUCGCACCCGCUUGCAUCAGGAGCUAUAGUAUUGAUUAGACUUAAGGUGACAAACGGUGCUGGCAUGAUAUCGACUGCCAUCUCUAAACCGCUGCUUAUUGAUAAUACUGAGCCAACAAAGGGUGUCGUUAUAGUAGGAAACACAAUGGAAACUGAGUACCUGCGUAAAGAAGAGCCUGUUACGGCAGAUUGGAGUGGUUUCUCUGAUCAAGAGAGUGGAUUGAGUCGCUUUGAGUGGGCUGUUUGUCACGCUGGUUCUACAAAAGACUGCAUCACUCCGUUUGUCGAUGUUGGACUUAAAAGGAGCAUAAGGAAUUCCGCUCUUGACAUCAAACCUGGAGUUUCCUAUGUUGUCGUGGUGCGGGCCCACAACAAGGUGGGGUUGUUUAGUGAGGCUGUGUCUAAUCAGUUCAUGCUUGACCUCACAGCACCGAUUUCCGGCAUUGUAUACGAUGGCUCGGACGAGAGAAAUGACGCAGCACUGCAGAUAUCUGAAAGUGAAAUUUCCGCCAAUUGGUCGCCGUUUGCAGAUUCCAAUAGUAGAAUAACCGAGUACGAAAUGUGUGUGGGAACAGAACCAGAAAAAUGCGAUGUAAGUGACUUUGUUAGUUUUGGAAUGGCUCUUAAAGGUACAAUCACUGGUUUAAGUCUGAAUCACUCUGGGCGAUAUUUUGUGACUGUUAGAGCAACGAACGAGGUUGGCUAUAGCAGCUUGGCAGCCUCUAAUGGUAUUCAAGUUGACAGUACUCCUCCUGUUGCGGGAAAAGUCAGAGAUGGGAAUACACUUGAGGACAUCGAUUUCCAAGCUGGCGGUGCAUUUAUUUAUGCCAACUGGGACGAGUUUCAGGAUGUAGAGUCUGAGGUAACCAGGUACGCAUUGUGCGCUGGAACAAUAAAGGGAACCUGUGACAUCAUUCCUGAAACGGAUGUUGGUGAACACACUGCUUUUGGUCAGCAGAUUCGUCCUUCCUUAGCUACAGGAAUGGCUGUGUUUGUGACGGUUAGCGCUUACAACGGUGCAGGGGCAGUUACAAGGGGGUCUUCGGACGGUGUUAUAGUAGACAGCACCUCUCCUGAUAUCUCCAAGGUAACUUAAUAUUUCUCAUGAGAUGUUACUGAUAAAUUCAUAUUUAGGUCCUCUAUGACAUCUAUUUGUUUUGUAUCAAUCCUCGAAAUUAUUCGAGAAGUAUGUUCCAAAAAGUUGUCUUUUCAUUUUACUUGCUUAAAAGCUCUAUUAUUUCUAGAAAAACAACAAGUGAAAUCCUUUCAGCCACAGCUAAUGUUUUUACCUGUUUCUCUUUACAUUCACAUAGGUACUCGACCUACAAUUACGAUCGCCUUUUGGUGAUAAAGAUUACAUAACUGCCAAAGACGCUUACUGUGUCAGCUGGGAAACAAAGGAUAUUGAAAGUAGCGUAUUAAAGAGCGAAGUGUCCAUCUGUUCAGCCAUCGACGAGACCAACUGUUUGCUACAGCAGAUGGAUGUUGGAAACCGUACUAUAAUUUGCAUUGCUGACUUAGAGCUUCAAGAGGGCGUGAAGUAUGUAACAACAGUUCGUUCUACAAACGUUGUUGGUGGAUCUAGCAAGUCGUCAUCGAAUGGCUUCGUGGUUGACUCAACUUCCCCAGUAGUGGGUGAAAUCAUGCACGUUGAGAAUCUACCUUUAGGAGAAGGUUCUGAGGUGUUCACCGACUCGGAGAUAUCGGUAGAGUGGAGUGGAUUCUUUGACAAGGAGAGUAGAGUCGAGAAAUAUUAUCUUUGUGUGGGCACCCAGCCUGGCGAAUGUAAUAUCAUGAACUUCACUGACCUAGGUAACGCUUCUAGUUACACUCUGCGAAACCUACAGCUUCUUCAAGGCGAGACGUACUUUGUUUCUAUAAGGGCACAGAACAGAGCUGGUCUGGUCAGCGAUGUUAAGUCCUCAAGUGGCGUCAUCGUUGACAAAACAGGUACUUUGGGCGAGUUCUCGUUUUAAAGCAUGGUUAGGAUUAUGAUAUUGAAAGAACGUGAAGCAAUCUUGAUAAUUAACUUGUUCUUUGCUACCUUUACUGUAAGUUGAUACCUUAACAGGAAUAGAGCUGUAGAAUAUUCUGGGUCGUAGUGGAGGAAUUUCACAGUCCGUCAAUAUCUAAAACAGGCUAAGUUAUGAGCAAAGGGAAACUUUAUGGGCUUUUUCGGUUUUUGUCCUUUUUGUUGAUGGAGUCCUUGUUAGGCAACUUUUUUUUUUCUUAAGCACGUUCUCAUUGUCCUCGUCGAUUUCAGAAACGAUGUGGUUUGUUGUUCCUUGCAGGUCCUCUAUCUGAAGGACAAAUUAUGGAUGGAACAAAUGAAGGUGUAGAAAUUGACAUUCAACAAAGCAGAACCCACAUAGCAGCUCACUGGAAAGCAUUUGAAGACCUUGAGAGUGAAAUCAUUCGUGUCACGUGGUGCGCCGGCUUGUCACCAGCCUCUUGCGAUCUGGUCAAUGAAACUGAACUUACCAUAUCCAGUACGUCCGUGAGCAAGGUUCUCGUUGAACCCGUGACGAAUGGUGGGCGGUACUUUGUCACAGUGAAGGCAAUGAACGGUGCAGGUGUCCAAACCUCACUGACAUCGGAUGGAGUGACAGUGGAUGAAACGCCACCAACAUCCGGAAAUGUUAUUGAUGGAAGUGACGCAGAUGUCAAAUAUGUGAAUGGGGAACAAGACAUCCGUGCACAUUGGUUUAACUUUGAAGACUUAGAAUCUGGCAUCGAAUCCUAUGAGAUCGCUUUAUGUGACGUCAGGAACUUUUCCUCUUGCCCACAACCUUUCAUUGGAGUGGGACGAGCUACAAACGUUUCAGUAACAGGUGAGAUAUAUUUAAUGUGUUCAAAUUACGAUAUAUACGUUUGUAUGAGUGGGUUCCAAACAAACGCUCAGUGAUGUUACAACUGCCAAGAAGAAGUCUUGCUUUGUACCACAAAUCUUCCCCGCCUUUAAUGAAAUGCCACUCCGAUAAAGUUAAGUCUAAGGUUAUUUGCAGAUAGCGACAUAUACCGCUCGCUGUUGGUUCACCAUACCCACAUUGUUCUGUUUAAUUUCAGGGCACUUCAUGUAAAAGUAAGAUUGAAUAUGUUUUAGAAUCUAGAUGAUAGACUGAGUGAAGAGUAAACAGGUUUUUUUUGACCGGAAUGUUUGACUUUGAUAUAUUCUUAUCAAAUUGUACACCUUAAAACGUCCUACAAGUAUAGGGGUAAUCUUCACGUUUUUUCCUGUAGGAUUGGACCUCGAGAGUGGCGCUCAGUACUUUCUCAUCGUUAGAGCCAUAAACUUCGCUGGUCUCCAUGUUCAAGCUUCCUCCGAUGGAUUUACGGUUGAUUUUACCCCUCCCUUGGCAAGUACAGCAAGAUUAGGAACUGGAAUUGAGCCCGCCAAAUACCAAUCAGAUUUGACGAAGUUGGUUGUAAGGUGCUGUACACAAUUCGCAUUUAGCUAUUAGGAUGAGAUGUAUGCUCGGUUACGAUUAGACAAUGACGUGGUGGCUGAUAUAGUUUUUAAGAAACUAGAGACUUGAUUUAAAAAGGACUUAAGUUAAUCCUUGUAAAAUCAGCACAUGUACAUGUACAUCUGUAAGAGUAGAAGUGUGUCAGUACGUUACAGAUUCUUAGAUACGAUAAUCAAUAUAUAUAUUUAGUAAUAAAAAUAGAGAUUUGUCAUCAAUCGUGACGUGUUUUCUUUUGAAAGUUGUAGCCACAUAAUUUACCGUUGUAUGGUAAAUGCGCUAAUUAAUGAGCUCGUCUAGAAUUUACAGGAUCUCAACCCGAAAGUUGCUUAGCUCAUACGAGUUAUGAUUUCAUCAUCGUACUAAACUACCUUAUGUUUUCUCGCAGAUGGGAUCCAUUUAUUGACCCUGAAAGCAGAAUUUCGGAGUAUCAAGUAUGCAUCACGUCCGUGCCUGGGAACUGUACAAUCACUAACUAUAUUGACGUUGGAAUGAAUACAAGCUUCACUUUCCAUAGCUUACAACUUCUCCAUGGUGAAGCCUAUUAUGCCCUUGUCAAAGGAACAAACGAGAUUGGAUUAUCUUCGGAGAGAACAACGAAUCGAUUAUUGAUCGAUGCAACACCCCCUGUCUUAAAAGACAUCGACAACGGUCCGAUCAACACAACUCAUGAAACUCCUGACGGAAACAAUACCGUUGGCCCGGUGCUUCAAUUGCCACCCAACAACACGACUCAAGGAAGCAAUCAUAUACGAUUCAGAUGCUUGGAAGAACUAUUGCAAGCUGACUGGGAUGAAUUCAAAGAUCCAGAGAGCCAACUAGCGCGGUAUGAAUGGUGUGUCGGGACAUCUCGAGGGCUCUGUGAUAUGGUAAAUUUGAGGUCGGUGGAUGUAAAGACAAAAGGAGCUGCUCUUGUGAAGAGACUCCCUUCAGGCACGUUGCUGUUUGCUACAGUAUACGCCAUCAAUGGAGCAGGAUCGAGGGCUCGUUUGGUGUCUGAACAUUGUAAGGUCAUAUCCAUUGCACCUAAGGUUGUGGAAGUUAUUGACAUUCCUACAUUGAACACGAGCAAUCUCUCUGAUAUUGACUGGAAAUCUAUGGCGGAAAGCCUCUCACUCAGAUGGGAGAUGAUUGGAAGAUAUGUUAAGGAUAUUUCCCGUUUGCGUAUUCAGGUAGCCAUCACACAGCCUUCCUCGAACCUGUCUUUACCGCAGAUUAACUCGGAUAGGUCCUGGCGUAGCGAACCCCUAAUACACGAUUUCAUGGACGUUUUGACAUGGCAACGAAACGUGACUAUCCAGGGUGUGGCUCUACAAGCAUGGGAACGUUAUCGAGGGGUUGUGAGGGUCUGGAACGAGGGAGGUAUUUAUAGUGAGUCCGCGAGUGAUGGACUGAGAAUCGAGCCCACUGCUCCUCCAAAGCGUGGAUUAUUCAUUUCAGAUAAAGCCGCUGAACAAGAGCCCCUACGUUGGCUUCCAAAUCUUAGAUUGCCCAAGGUUAACGACAGUGCAUUAGACUCGGAGAUAAAAUAUAUUUCUUCCCCUGGGGAGGUGGAAUUGAUUGUGAGAAGCGGCUUAAAUGACUCUAGCAAUAGAACAGCUUUCAUUUUGGAUCACAAUCUUUUCAGCCCGACCAAGGAAUUUAAAAUUAUUGUCCAAAAAGUUACGUCUGAGGCCAAUGAAACUAACACUACUGAGGAUUUCAGCGUAAUGAAAGUUUUCCCGGGUUUUACCAAUCCCGAGGGUCCGUGUUGUACCAGGCGCCCAGUUGAUCCACAAUCUGUCUUCAGUGAUAGGCAUUUCAAAACCACCAUACCGUCCCAGCAUUUUGGUGUUUCUAUCGCUAGACUACCAAACGAUCAUUUUGCUGUUGGUUCUGCAGAUAAGGCGUUUGUUUUGCCCCUUCGAAACAGGGCCGCCAGCCACAUAACAUUGCUAGAUGACAUUGUUGGCUCUCCGACAUCACCCAUCAUUGUAGUAUCACACGGUAAUAGGUCCGCAUUCUUCGCCAAUGGCAAAGCUUAUAUUUAUCAAAGUGAAGUCAUUGACACCGGCGACCUUGAAUUAACUAAGACCGCAGUUCUGGGAAAUUGCAAGACUGUAUCAACUUAUAUUUGUGCAACAAACAACAAAUGGGCCGAUAAUGUGAAACAUGCGAUAGCCAUUAAUCAAAAUACGAUCGCUAUGACGGGAAUCAACUCAUCUACGAACGCCAGUGUUGUGGGCGUAUUUCAGGAACGGAAUGGAACGUGGUGGUUUGCUCAAGCAUUGAGAAGAGGAAAGAGUGACUCUGACUUUGGAUUGUCUUUGACUUUGAAUGCGCGCAUCUUAGCAGUAGCUACAGGAGAAGGCAAGAAUUCUUGUAUCUCGGUAUACUCUGUCGAAUCUUUUACAUUAUACUUGACCAUCUGCAUGUCUGAGCUCGAAGAUAAUACAGGUUCUCUGUCACUUUAUCUUACGGAGACUGACGCGCUAAUAAUAGUCUCUAAGGACUCCAAGUCAUUAAAAGUUCUUCAGCUCAGCAUUUCAUCAAAGUCUUACAAAAAUGUAUGUCACCUUGAUUUCACACCAAACGAACGUCUGAGUGGAUACCUUGAUGUCAGUGCUCGGGAUGGAAGUUUUAUUGUCGCGUUAGGUAUGCAGACAUUAGAUGGCCGGGAUGGUGUGCAACUGGUAGGUUUCCAUGGAAUCUACACAGAUCUUGAUCUUGAAAAAUGCGUAAACCUAGGACGUGUGGUCGCACGAGAAAGUGGAUUUAGAGUAGAUGAUGGAAUUCCACGUACUUCCGUGUCAUUCGACGAUGAUACCGUUUUGUUUGGAGCCCCAAAUGUUGUCACGUGGCCAGGACAGGGCGAGGAUUCAGGUACUGGAAGGGUCUAUGUGGCAACAUAUUGCCCUACCAAUCAUGUAAGAGUUCGAGUUUCUCAGAUCAAGGAAAUUGGUUCUGUACGUUGCGUGCCCUGCGAGGCUGGACAGAAGUCAUUUGGCGGAUUUGUGGAAAUGUGCUCAGAUUGCGAAGGAAUGUCUUGCUCAAAACCUCAAAGCGAUGAUCCGUUUAGUUUUAAAUCAAGUAUAUGUGAUUCGUUUUCCUGUCCUUCUGGAUCGAUGGUGAAUAACUCGACAAAUGGCAUGAUGUUUUCGUUCCCGAAUGACUCAUUUCUCGUCCCUGGUCCAGAAAACCUUUACACUAUACAAUUACUUGAAACAACACGAGCCUAUCUUUCAACAAGUUCUCUCUCGGAGUCGUUCGUGAUCGAUCCGACAUCCCCUGAGACUGGAAUCGUCUACGAUGGACUUGGCAGUGACCCAAAUACAAACUGCUCGGACAAUUCGACUUUCGGUGAAGACAGUCAGUGCUCUACUCGCAGCUUUGAAGAAACUGAUGUGGACUAUACCAAUAAUACGCGAGAGGUACACGCCAGAUGGCUUGACUUCCUCGACGAAGAAAGCGACAUUGUAGAGUAUUUCUGGUGUGUAGGAUCUAAGCCUAUGACUGACGACAUUCGGCAGUGUGAAAGUACGGGAUUGAGGCCAAACGGAAGUCAUUACGGUCUCAACUUUGGGCAAGGUGACUCUUAUUACGUGACAGUUGUAGCCUGCAAUGGAGCUCGCAGAUGUUCCGCCACUCACAGUGAUGGCGUCACAAUAGAUACCACACGGCCUGUGAUGGAAUAUGUCAGGGAUGGAAUUAUGGGGCCUGAUAUUGAUUUUCAGGUAUGAAAGCCUGACGCUAGAGUAAAGAAUAUUCUUCUGAGUUAUUUCAUAACCUGUUACAUAUUUUCUAAGAUGAAAUAUUGUAUUUGUCUCUCGCUACAUCACCAAACUGCUCAAAUUCACCGAAUUAUUCGGACAUUAGUUCCUUUAGAAGUUUGAAAGGCCAGAAAGCCAUUUUGAUUUUCAUUUGCUAAAAGAUUUCUUAUAACAUAAACAAACGUAUCACUAUCAUUGUAUUUGUUGUUAUUCUGCCAUCAUCAUCAUUUGUGUCAUUAUUUUUAUCCUUAUUAUUAGUGUAGUUAUCAUCGUAAAACGUCCCACAUUUCAACUUAUUUCCAUCAUAGGUCUUUGUUGAUAUCAUCUUUGCCUAUUUCUCGGCGAGAGAUCCUGACAGUGGUGUGACGUCAUAUGAAGUUGCGUGGGGAACUGCACCUGGUUCAACAGAUAUCAAGGAAUUCGAGGAAGUUACCAACACAACGAUAUGGCUAGCUAAGUUCAAAGACAACGCACUUGGCGUAGGAAACAAAUACUACGCCACUGUGCGAGCCACAAACGGAGCUGGUCUAUUGUCAGAAAAGCUGUCUUCAAACGGGAUUGUAGUCGGCAAGUCGGAAUACAUUUUUGACAACGCGUCCACCGCCGAGUUUUUCUUUGAUACGGUGAAUGUUAAAGAAGAUGGAUCGCGCAAGGACGGUGGAGUGGGAAAGACAUACGGGACAUUGACUGUACCAGAAGGUGCUGUCGAGGAGCAGGUGAAGUUGAGAUCGUACAGUUUGGAUGAGAAAACAAUGGAUACGAACCAGACUGAGGAGGGUCCCGUUAGCAAUCCUAAGUACACUAGGCCCAAGGUAUGAUUUUGACUUGUUUAAAUUAUGACAAUUGUUUUUGUUCGUUUCCUUGUUCCGUCUCUCUUUCUGUACAAAAAAAUGCUCGCUGCAUCCGCAACAAACUCACUCAUAGCAUUCCUUUUUUAAUUGGACAGCAAUUCAUGCUUGGAAAUUACAGUUUUGUCAUCAAGGCGUUAGACCCGAAGAAUAACACGGUGAAAGAAGGCUUCAAAUUUGCUGAGCCAAUCACAAUUACCAUGUUCUACGACGUUGAUAACCUGGUGAAAGCCAACAGAAAGCACGUCAAUAAUGAACUCACCAAGGAAGACAUAGAUCCUGUGUUGUAUCUUUGGGAUCCCAAGAAUGAAACCUGGUAAGUUUUUGUCCGCAGGUUAUUAAAACUUAUGUAUACCUUACAAGCAAUGCUUAAAGGAUGUGCUAAGCAUCGCUGUUUUAUUCAGAGAGAGCAAGUAACUUACAGUGAUGGAUUUCAAUUUCAAAUCUUAAGAUGCUAGAGAUGAUUUUUUAGGCCCUAUUUUUUAAAACUGGAAAGGUUAUCAUCACUUUAGCCUCAUCAUCAAGUUAAAUUUUAGCUCCUUGUUUGCUUAUUUGCUCUGUAUCUCUCGCUUAGGUUUGAUGCAGCGCUCACGUGCCCUGAGCCCUGGAGUCACGUGAACAAGUCGAUCAAACUGUUGACAGUGAAAGUUUGUCACCUGACUCAGUUCUCGUUCCUUUGGUCAUUCUACGCAAAAAAUGGUCUGGUUUUACUCGAUAAAAACAACUCAAGUAAGUGUAGUUGUGCCAUUUUGGCCCUUCCUCCCCCAUAAGACUAGAAAAAGUCCAUAAUCUGUAUAGCAAUAAUUUAGACCUGGUUUACCAAUGGAAGCUUUAUCCAUAGAAUUAGUCAUGAGGGUAGAAUUAGCUAGAGGUUGUGAUCUAGAUCUUGAUAAAUCAACAAAUUAUCUUUCUUACACAUCGAAAAAGAAAAGUUGUAGCAACUAUAUAGCACAAAUCCGAGUCACAUAUUGAAAUUUGUAGACUGUUAAUUUUCUAUUACCCGCGUCAUCUACACAAUAUUAUUUUGGCCCAGCGAAUUUAUUACUCGGCUUGCACUUCUUUGACGUGGGUGAUGCUUGCUUCGGGGCACAUUAAUUUCUCAACAUUUUUAACUCGACUUCUGACCAAAAUAACAAUAUAUCACGGUCCUUCGUUUUUACAAAAGUAUGCGGUCAUCUUCAAAGCUGAAUAGCAUAUUUAUAUAUGCGUCUUAUGUUUUCAUUUCCUGUGUCUCUGUAGUGUACAACGACAAUGGAGCCGUAGUAGUUACCCGCUCCAGACAAGUCACCAAACUGGAAUUUCCAGUACGUAGAGCGAAAGGUUCCCUGGGUGACGUAACUGUGCAAUGGUCUCUGUACCAAAAUGAUUCGUCUGACAGUAUGGAGAUCGUGUGGCCGAAAUCUGGACAGGUGUCGUUAGCUGAUGGUCAGUGGAACGACUCGUUUAUCAUCAACGUCGCCAGUGACAAGAAAGAAGUACACGAGAGUGUGGUUUGGAUCCAGUUAGAUAAAAGCACAGGCGGCGCUGUCCUCGCAUCACGUGAUCAAACUACAGCCAAGAUCUUAAUCACUGGAAAUGAAGGAAAGAGUGAGGCCUGGAGAUGGAUUGUGACUGGCGUCUGCUGUGGCGUGUUCCUUAUUGUUGUCGUUGUUCUUGUGUAUUGGCUACGUAAAAAGAAACAAGAGUCACAAAGGUAUUGA